CGGGUUCACACCUCCUGCCGAACCGAAAGCGCAUCAGCUAACAUUCCCAGAUGACCCGCAGUAGAAUGACGCGCGUCCGGAGCGCGGGUGUGUUUGCCGAGCUCUGCGUUCAUCUGAACGGACCCCUGCUCUCCAUCUCGCCGAGAUCAGUCUGAGCGUCUGGUAACUUCUCCAAACCUGUGUGCACGGUGUCGGACUGACAGCGCGCUCCUCCUGUUUUGUAGUUGCAUGUGUGCAUGAGAAGAGCUAUUGCAGAUUAGAUGGUUUCUGCUCAGAAUGUGUUAGAAUGAACCCUGAACACUGACUGCCUGGUUUUCUUCUCUCCGGCGGCGCAGUCCACAGUUAUUGACCGAAGUGCGGACAUUCACACCACUGACAGAAGAUCGUGGACAUCUCAUCACUUGCUCCACUGUCUGACAUCCGCCGAGCCACAGAUGCGAAUGAAAAAAGUCGACUAAAGCAAGAGGAAUAUAGGUGUCCGAGUGCGCUGUAGCGAUGCUGCAAGUGGAAAUGAUCCUAUUCGUGGGUGUGAUUCUGUGGAUGUGUGUAUUUAGUCAAGAGCCCAGCUCAAAGGUGAUGGCUGAUCGAUACGCUGUCUACUGGAACCGAAGCAACCCCAGGUUUCACCGUGGAGACUAUCACAUCGACGUCUGUAUAAACGACUACCUGGACGUCUACUGUCCGCACUAUGAGGACUCGGUCCCUGAGGAGAGAGCGGAGCGCUAUGUGCUCUACAUGGUCAACUACGACGGCUACAGCACGUGUGACCACACGGCCAAGGGCUUCAAGCGCUGGGAGUGCAACCGGCCGCACUCGCCCAACGGCCCGCUCAAGUUCUCCGAGAAGUUCCAGCUCUUCACGCCUUUCUCGCUGGGCUUCGAGUUCAGACCGGGCCGAGAGUAUUACUACAUCUCAUCCAUGAUCACAGAAACCGGGAGAAAGUCGUGUCUCAAGCUGAAAGUCUUCGUUAGACCACCGAAUGGCUGCGAGAAAACCAUAGGCGUUCAUGACCGCGUUUUUGUCGAUGACAAAGUAGAAAAUGCAUUAGAACCAAGAGACGACACCAGUCACGAGGCCGAACCAUCUCGGAGCGACGUGUCGACUUCAGGCCUGCGGCACCAAACGUCUCGCCCCCUGCUGGCCCUGCUGCUGCUCUGCAUCUCUGUCUUCUUCACCUUAUAGCCCCUCGAGCGGACCUCGGGAAAUUGCGGAGGGCUUGAGAUCCACCAGGAACACUCCUGCUGCGUUUUUGUUUUGUUUUCCAAUAUUUAAGUGGUCCUUCGCUGCCUUCGAGUAAGAAAAGUCAAUUAUCUGCACAAAGAAGGAAUGCGGAUCGCCUGUUUAACCAACCGACCAAUCAACUGCGGCGGCAGGUCGCUGCGGAUUGGCUGCUGAGAUGAAGGGGGCGG